AUGAAGAUAACUACUCCAUUGUAUAUUGCUGAUAGACACUGUGGUUACUGCAGUGAUUCAAAGAGAGACUACUUUGCUCUUGAGAGUCAAGCUCGGGCAGCUUUAUCCGAGAGAGACCACGAAGAUACAGUAGAAACAAAACAGGCAAUGACAAUAGGGUGUACAACCAUUGAGAUGACAUGCCAAGAGUAUGAUGAGUUGAUCAACAAGGGGUUCAGAAGGUCAGGGACAUUCUUGUAUAAAAAUGAUCUACUAAGAUCCUGUUGCAGAUUGUACACAAUUAGAACAAAUUCAUCAAUGUUUAAAAUAAACAAAAAGCAAAGAAAAGUUGUAAACAAAUUCAUCAACACAAUAUGCAAUGAAUCGGAUUUAAAACCACAGAAGAAGAACUGUUUUGAUUUGGGGAGAUUGAUUGAAGCACAAGCAAAGUCAAAGAUAUUUAGAACUCAAUUCGAGCCAUCAAAGUUCACACAAGAAAAGUUUGAACUAUAUAAAAAAUAUCAAGUUGCCGUUCAUAAUGACAAACCCGAGGAUGUUACCGAAAAAUCUUUCCAAAGAUUUUUAUGUGAUACGCCAUUUCCAGAGGAAGAAGUUUUGGGAAACGCGGCGCAAUGGCAAACAUUGAAUAACCAUUACAAGUACAACGACAACGACAAAGACAACGACAAAGACAACGACAAAGACAACGACAAAGACAACGACAAAGACAGAGGUAAAGACAGGGGUAAAGACAAAGACAAUAACAAGGAUGGUUGUUUUACUCUGCCGAGCAUCAAACGUAUUGGGCCAACUCAUGAAUGCUACUACUUGAAUGACAAGUUGAUUGCAAUCUCAGUGUUGGAUUUUUUGCCCAGCGGGGUCUCUUCAAUUUAUUUUAUUUGGGACCCAGAUUAUGCUCAUUUGUCGUUGGGGACACUCCUGGGAAUCAAAGAGAUUCAAAUGUGUGCUGAAUUGGGAUAUGAAUGGUACUACUUGGGCUAUUACAUCGAUGAUUGCGUCAAAAUGAAAUAUAAGGGUCAAUUUGGUGGUGAGUUAUUGGACGUUGUUAAUCAAAAAUAUUAUCUGUUGAAUAAGGUGAAACCAUAUAUUGAAAACGGUAGAUUAUUCAUUAUAGGAAAAAAGGGCGAGACUAGAGAAGGUGUUGAGCCACACAUGCGUGAUUUAGUCUAUGCCGAGUCAGGUGUUAUGGAUGAUACUAGUUUCAAUGCGGUUGAGAUGAUUUACGGUGCUCAAAAUAUUAUAGAGGAAUCUGCUGAGGAUAAUCGAUUAAUAUUGGAAAAUGAAUACUGCAUUGAACGAACAGAUGAGUACUCGUUACCGUCAUAUGUUCCUGGUCUUGUGCCGUUGUCACAAGUUGUGGAAAACAUCCGAAAGCGAAUCAUUUCCGAAGAGUUUGAGCUAAGGAUUGUUCAAAAGAAGUACAAAUUAAAAGAAUUAUCAGAAGAAGGCAGGGGCCUUGUUAUUGAUUGUAUACGAAUAUUUGGGCUUGAAAGGUCGAAGACAAUUACACUAUUUCCUUGGUAG